GGCUCUACCUCGAUUAAACCGUAAUAAACUUCUAAGUUGUAAAAUUAAGCUCCCGCUUAACAAUAAUCACUAUCACUAAUCAGUAAUCACCGCUUCCGUACAAGUACUACUCCACUAGUUACUGUAGUAACAAUUAUUGUGAUUCAUUUCAUUCUUAUCACAGAGAGAGAGAGAGAGAGAGAAGGAGCAUCGUUAUCACACGUUUUUCCUCCCCGGGAUCACAAACAAGCACCGAAUCGGUGUGACUGUAGAAGGAAGCAAAGAAAAAGAAAAGGAUGGGUUUCGUGUUUGGGUUGGUGGUGGGGGUAGUGGUGGGGCUCGCCGUCAUCGUCGGAUUCGUCCGCUCAGAGAAUGCUCGCUCCAAGCAGCGAUCUCAGCUCGCCGCCACCAUCGCUGCCUUCGCCAGGAUGUCCGUUGAAGAUUCCAGAAAGCUCCUCCCGCCUCAGUUCUACCCUUCUUGGGUCGUCUUCUCCAACCGCCAGAAGUUAACGUGGCUCAACUCGCAUCUUACUAAGAUCUGGCCCUAUGUUAAUGAAGCUGCUUCUGAGCUCAUAAAGAUGUCGGUGGAACCGAUUCUAGAACAAUACAGACCCAUUAUAUUGGCUUCUCUCAAGUUUUCCAAGUUUACUCUUGGCACUGUUGCACCACAGUUUACAGGGGUUUCUAUAAUUGAAGAUGGAGGGGAUGGUGUUACAAUGGAGUUGGAAAUGCAGUGGGAUGGCAAUCCAAGCAUUAUACUUGAUAUUAAAACUUUGCUUGGUGUUGCACUGCCAGUGCAGGUAAAAAAUAUAGGAUUUACAGGUGUUUUCAGAUUGAUUUUUAAGCCACUAGUUGAUGAAUUUCCUGGUUUUGGAGCCAUUAGCUAUUCUUUAAGACACAAGAAAAACUUGGAUUUUACGUUGAAAGUCGUUGGCGGUGACAUAUCAGCAAUCCCUGGAUUAUACGAUGCAAUUGAGGGGGCAAUUCGGGAUGCUGUUGAAGAUUCUAUUACAUGGCCUGUGAGAAAAGUUGUAACUAUCUUGCCAGGAGACUACAGUGAUCUGGAGUUGAAGCCUGUCGGGAUAUUAGAGGUAAAGCUUGUGCAAGCAAGGGAAUUGACAAACAAGGAUAUCAUUGGGAAAUCAGAUCCAUAUGCUGUCUUAUACAUACGGCCUUUACGUGACAGAAUGAAGACUAGCAAGACAAUUAACAAUGAUUUGAAUCCUAUUUGGAACGAGCACUUUGACUUUAUUGUUGAAGAUCAGUCCACUCAGCACUUAGUGGUUAAAAUCUUUGAUUCUGAAGGUUUACAAUCAUCUGAAUUGAUUGGGUGUGCUCAUGUCAAGCUUAGUGAACUUGAGCCUGGUAAAGUUAACGAUAAGUGGUUGAAGCUGGUUAAGGAUUUGGAGAUCCAAAGAGAUAACAAGAACAGAGGGCAGGUACAUUUGGAGCUUUUGUACAUUCCUUUUGGCAUGGAGAAUAGCUUUACCAACCCAUUUGCUCCCAAGUACUCAAUGACAUCCUUGGAAAAGGUUCUCAAAAGUUCAACAAAUGGAAUAGAGUCUAAUGGAAAUGAAAAUGAAUUUACACAGAAGAGAAAGGAGGUUAUUAUUAGAGGAGUCCUUUCUGUUACAGUGAUAUCUGCUGAAGAUUUGCCUGCAACCGAUCUCCUGGGGAAAUCUGAUCCUUUUGUUGUUCUUAGUUUGAAGAAAGCAGAAACUAAAAAUAAAACCAGGGUUGUCAAUGACUGCUUGAAUCCUGUUUGGAAUCAAACAUUUGACUUCGUCGUUGAGGAUGGAUUACAUGAUAUGCUAAUGGUGGAAGUGUAUGACCAUGACACAUUCGGAAAGGAUUAUAUGGGAAGAUGCAUAUUGACGCUUACUAGGGUCAUAUUGGAGGGGGAAUACAAAGAACGUUUUGAGCUUGAAGGUGCAAAAUCUGGUUAUUUGAAUUUGCAUCUAAAGUGGAUGCCCCAACCAAUUUACCGUGAUUCUUGAGUUUCUGACACAAUAUGUAAGUUCAUAGAGAGUACAGUUGUGCAUAACGUAGACCAUAUUGUCACCAACAUACUUCUGCUAUUGUAUUGUGUAUUUUGAAUCUUUCUACUGGUUACAAUAAGCAAUGUACAUACUCAUCAAACAUGGUAAAGAUAUAAACAUUUUUGUACCACAUUAUCCCUUGAAAUCUUCUUGCCCUGUUAA